UCUUGCAAAGUGCACUGAAUGCCAAGUCUGUUCCCAUUUAUAUUAUUGUAGCUGUUGGGAUUUUUUAACAAAAAAUAUACCAUGCAAACAUUCAUUUAAUUCAUUGUCUAGCAAGUGAAAGUCAAUUAAAAAAGAAUACACUUGUUAGUUUACCCCCAGUUGAUUUAGAAAGCAAAGUAAUAUGAUAUGUUUCUGAUAAUAUUCAGACUUUGAAAAGUAAUGUUAUGAAAAAAUAAAUGGGUCUUGUCAAGUUAGUGUCUUCAAGUACAAUUUUGGAAGGGAAAGCUUUAAAAAAUUUGAAUAAAAACAUUUCACAAGCUAUAAGUACUUUUCUUAGUUUAAGUGAAAACAGAGUUAUCAAAUUAACUAAACCUUCUAAUGAUGAAAUUAAAGAGCUGUUUGAUUUUUCAAAGUAGGACUCAAAGAACAAAGUUGUAGUCCAGACAAAAAUUAUUCCAGAAAAUGAAUGUAAUGAAUUAACAAUAGAGAAGGCGUCAGAAAACGUUGCAGAAUCCAAGUUAUUAUUGCCAGACAAAGAGCUGCAGACUGAUGGAAAACUUCAGAAAAAUGUGCUACAUCUUAAACAAAGUUGGAGUUGUCCGAGUUGAAACAAACCACAAUUUGGAGACAUGAUUGAGUGUGAAGAUUGUUUGAGACUUGGUACCACUGUUCCUAAUAAAUGACGCUAGAACAUAAUAAAUCGAGUAUUAGUAGCUUAUACAAGAAUUUAGAGUAUGGUCCUGCACCAGAAUCGCCAAAAAUUGCAUACCAAUGGCUAGAUAGCCACGGAAGAGAGUUUUGCCAUUUUAUUAAUGGAAAAUGGCUAUCACCUGCAGGAAGAGAGAUGUAUGAAAGCAAAAGUCCUGCUAAUGGGGAGUUUCUUGCUAAAACUACACAAGGUACAAAAAAUGAUAUUGAACUAGCAGUUGAAGCUGCACGUAAUGCUUAUGAUUCUUGGUCAACUCUUCCUAGUCAUACCAGAGCUUUGCAUAUUUAUAGUAUAGCCCGUCAUGUUCAAAAACAUAUGAGAUUAAUCUCUGUAAUUGAAAGCUUGGAUAAUGGAAAACCUAUUAGGGAGACACGAGAUUAUGACACUCAAGUUGUUGCUAGACAUUUAUACCACCAUGUUGGGUGGGCUGAACUAAUGGAUACAGAAAUGAAAGACUGGGCGCCAGUUGGCAUAGUAGCUGGUAUUGUUGCUUGGAAUUUUCCAUUAAUGUUACUCAUAUGGAAGUUAUGUCCUGCAUUAGCUAUGGGAAAUACUGUUAUCUUAAAGCCAGCAUCUUAUACAAGAUUAAGUGCUUUGCUUUUUGCUGACAUUUGCGCUGAAGCUGGUUUACCACCAGGUGUUUUGAAUGUUGUUACUGGAGAUGGAAAAUUUGGAAGUUUGCUUGCAGUACAUCCUCAAGUGGAUAAAAUUGGGUUUACUGGCUCAACAGAGGUGGGUAAAAUAUUGCGAAGAAUAACAGCUGGUACUGGUAAAAAAAUUUCAUUGGAGCUUGGUGGAAAGUCACCAGUUGUUGUAUUUGAUUCUGCUGAUCUUGAUUCAGCUGUUGAAGGAAUUGUUAUGGCAAUCUGGUUUAAUCAAGGGCAGGUAUACAAGACAAACGUAUGCUCUGCUGGUUCAAGAUUACUUGUCCAAGAGACAGUGGCAGAAGUUGUUAUUAAAAAGUUGAAAGAAAGGAUGAAAACACUAAGAGUGGGUCCUUCAUUAGACAAAUGCAUUGAUAUGAGUGCUAUUAUUGAUGAAUCACAGCGAAAAUCAAUUGAACAAUUUGUUGAAGAAGCAAGAAGAGAUGGAGCUGAGAUUUAUCAAUGUUGUGAUAUUCCGUCUCAAGGAUGCUAUUAUCCUCCUACACUUGUUACAAAUGUUUCCACGACCUCAAGGAUUGUUCAAGAAGAGGUGUUUGGUCCAGUCUUAACUGUGUUAACUUUCAGAACUGCCAAGGAAGCUAUUGCUCUUGCAAAUAACUCCAUAUAUGGUUUAGGUGCAAGUGUUUGGUCUGAACAUAUAGGUUUGGCAAUGGAAGUUUCAAGCUGUAUCAAAGCUGGAACUGUUUGGAUAAACAAUCAUAAUGUUUUUGAUGCUGCAGCUGGUUUUGGAGGUUAUAAAGAAAGUGGUUUUGGUCGUGAUGGGGGUAAAGAGGGACUUUAUGAGUAUGUGAAACUAAAAUGGCAACAAAAAGUAAAUGUUGAUACAUCUUUAUUUGAUGUUUCAAAGUUUGGAAUUGCUUCAUCUCCUGGCGUAUCAAAUAUAAAUUCAAAUCCGUUAUUGUCUUGUAAUGACACAUCUCCAAAAAUUGACCAAACAUUAAAACUUUACAUUGGUGGAAAACAAGUUCGCCCUGAUUCAAAUUACUCUCGCCCUAUUUUAAAUUGUUCAUGUGUUAUUGGACAAGUUGGUGAAUCAAACUGUAAAGAUGUUAGAGAUGCUGUUGAAGUGGCUCAUAGUGCUCAAGAAGGGUGGAGCAAGCGGACUGGUCACAAUAAAGCUCAAAUUAUCUACUAUAUUGCAGAAAACCUGGAAUUAAGGAAAGAGGAGUUUAUAGAUUGUUUGUGUAAAUCUACAUCAUGCUCAAAAGAUGAGGCUCAAAAAGAAGUUGAUAUAUCCCUCCAAAGGUUAUUUUUUUGGGCAGCCUAUGCUGACAAAUAUGGUGGAAAUGUUCAGGAGACGCAAUACUAUGGAACUGUAUUAAAAGUGAAUGAACCUGUUGGAGUCAUUGGUAUUGCUUGUCCAGAUGAAUCACCUUUUCUCUCUUUCAUUUCACUUAUGGCUCCUGCUAUAGCACGCGGAAAUGCAAUCAUUAUUGUGCCUAGUGAAAAGUUCCCUUUGCCAGCGCUUUCUCUUUAUCAGGUGUUGGAUACUUCGGACUUACCAGGUGGUGUAGUCAAUAUUUUAACUGGAAGUCGUGAUCAUAUAUCUAAGAUCCUGACUGAACACCAAAACGUUAAUGGAAUGUGGUAUUUUGGAUCUAGGGAAGGCAGCCAUUUUGUCGAAUAUACAUCUACAGUAAAUGUUAAACGUACAUGGGUUAACUACGGUCUAGCACGUGAUUGGACAGAUAAUAUUCAAGGUUGUGGAGAAGAGUUUUUGAUACACUCUAUUGAAUCAAAAAAUGUUUGGAUUCCCAUGGGACACAUUUUUGCUAAUUAGUUUUUCUAUAAUUUUUAUAAAUUUUUAUAUAUAUAUA